GGCUGAUAAGUCAAAAUUGAUAACGACUAUAAGAGAUUCAAAAAAUUGGCCAGCUGAAAAGCAACAAUACUAAUAUCAAUGCAAAACUAAAGUUUUGAUUAGGAACCCAUUACGGACAUAUUCACACCGUACAGUGAAAAGUCUUGUGGAUAGAUCAAGCUUUGCUCAGCAUGUCUUUAAAGGUUUAAAUAUAGAUGGAUACACCAAAUAUUCUUUGAACAUCCAUUUGACAUUUUCAGCUCCCUUGCUCCAUUUCCUCGCAAAGUUCUUAAAACUGAUUCUUCAAUCUGAACCAAAGCAAUACAGUCGCUCGCAAUUACGGUGUGAAUAUAAAGAAAAAUGUCAAAAUAUUUAAACGAAAAAAAAAGUGAAUAUUAAAUAAACCACAAAAAAUACUUUAAAUGCUUUAUUUUUGUAUGUCAAUUUGUUGGUAACACAUCUAUUGUCAAAUCAAUUGUGAAUUCACUGCAUAAAUAUAUUUAUUUUGAAAUUUGCACUUGCGAUUUUCUUUUUGCUUAAAAGUGAAGAAAAAACAUGUCUUUGAGGAAUAUUAAAAAAUUGCAAACACCGGAUUUGCUGAAUCAGAUUACAGAUGAUUCAGAAGAGAGUGAACAGCUGGCAACGCCGAGAAAAGCUUCUAAUAAUUUCGAAUUGCUAUCACUCAGCGAACGAGAAGAUGAUAACGAAACAACGGAAAUGGAAAACUUAUCAAUAAGUCAUCAAAAAGAUGCAUGUAAGAAAAAGCGUAAGAACAAGAAAAAGAAACGAACUGGACAUAAACAAAAGAUGAGCAGCGAAGAUCAAGAAAAUGAUGAACAUGAGGAUGAAAUCACUAGAACUGUACGAAUGGUCGAUAAGAUGUUUGGAACAUCCACUCAUUCUCAUCAUGUACAGCCACAGCAGAACACAGCAACACAACAGGAAAUUGAUGAACAAAGGAAUAGUGUCCUGUAUAUUCAAUACAAGAAUUUAAAUCCACAAGUUGAAAUGAAGCGAAUGUUUGGUAAAAUUGUCAAUCAAGAACAACAGAAGAAACGUCGUGCAGGAGGCGGAACCUUCAGAUCUCUUAAAUCAGUUUAUAUGUCAAAUCCAAAAGAAAGUUGGCCUCAAAUUAACAGAACUGGAUUAUUUAUGAACAUUGUACCAGCCCCUGAUAUUUCUCCAACGAAAAACGAGAAAAAUGUCAUUUUCUUCUCGUUUGAGCACUCUCAGAGUUAUCAGACUAUUCAGCGCAAGUUUUUGGAAAGCGUUGAGAGCAUUGAUAGUGAUAAUAUUGUGAAAAUAAUCAACAUGCAGCCAUAUCAUAUCGACGCUUUAAUUCAGUUAUCAGAAUUGUGUAAAAUGUCUGAAGAUAAUUCGAUGGCAGCAGAGCUUAUUGAACAUGCUUUAUAUGCUUACGAGUCGGCUUUUCAUUCUAUGUUUAAUCUUACUAAUGGAAAUAGUCGAUUGGAUUAUAGAAGACAAGAAAAUCGUGGUUUUUUCAUUGUUUUAUUCAAACAUGCUCAGUUUUUGGCGAGUAGAGCUUGUUCGAGAACAGCUUUGGAACUAACAAAGUUGAUUCUAUCACUUGAUCCAAUUAAUGAUCCCUUAGCUGUAAUUCUGUUAAUUGAUUUCUAUUCAAUUCGAUCAAAGCAAUAUGAUUUUAUUAUUAAUCUUUAUCAAGAUUGGCAAAGUAGCCGUAAUUUGGCACUUCUUCCUAACAUGGCAUAUUCUUAUGCCUUAGCUUUAUAUCAUUCUAAUAAAAUGGACGACUCUGACGAAGCCAUUCAAUAUGCAUUAAGUAUGUUUCCUGGAAUUUUGAAACUUUUACUUGAUGAAUUGGGAAUUCAAGCUGAUUCUCGUGUAACGUCACAUAAAUAUUUUGGACAUGCUGCUGUUACAAGCUGUCCACUUGCGCUUCAACAGCUUAUGUCUCUGUAUAUUCAGCGAUGCAAGAUUUUAUGGACAGGUGAUCCCGAAAUUCUAAUGUGGUUGGAAAGAAAUGUACACGUUGUACUCGACCGUGUUGAUAAAAAGGAUGAAAAGUUUGCAGAAUAUGCUACAAAGAGAAGUACACGAUAUCCACAUCCACCAAGAAAUAUUUUAAGACACGUCAUUCUAUCUGAUUUCAAAGAAAAAGUUCCUAUUGCUGAUUUUUUGAAAAAAGAAACAGACCCAAUUGUUCAUUUUGAUCCACUUCCACCAAUCGACUCGAUUAAUAUUUAUGAACGACCUAAGCCUGUAAGCCACAACAAUCUCGCGCGUCAACAAGCUAAUGGAUUCCAAUUGUUCUUUCAAUCCUUACUGCCGAGCUUUAAUCUUCCUUCACAACCACAAAAUGCAGCACAGAAUGAAGAAAAUGCAAUAGAAUUGAAUGAAGCUGCGGGAGGAGGUCAUCAACAUGAAGUACCAAAUCCAAUACCCGACCUGCGAAUCUCUCUUAAUUCAAUUGUUGAUGCUAUGAGAGACUUUUUGAGUGAUAUUCGGGUAAUGGAAAGAAAUCCAAAUGAAGAGGCUGAUUUGGAAAGUUCAAGUGACAAUGAUGGAAAUGAUUACCUUACUUAAUUAUCUUCUUUUUCUUCUGUCAAUGUGAUCUCGUUGAUAUUUUUUUAUGUAUCUUCAAUUUAGAGAUAUUUUGCAGAUCAAUGUUGAUUGUGGCACUGGAUAUUUUCAAAAUUAUUCAUUUAUUGUAUUUUAGUCGAAACUGUUUAAUAUAAAUCCAUAUAAAACGAAAAGUCUAUUUUAAUUUUUUACAUAUCACACUAAAGAUUUUUCAAGAACGAAUGCAUUUUAAAUAGAUUAAUGCUGACAAAUUUCAACAAGGACUAUAAGCUAUCUUACAUCAUUUUCUCCUUUAAUAAUAUUGUUGAAAUAUCAUUCAAUAGUAAGCUAUGUUGAAGUCUGAGAUAUAUCCGUCUAUAUAAGAGAUUACGUGAAGUAGCAUCUGAUGCUUGAUUUGUCAUGGUCACAAAAUGUAAGCUAUCGUUUACCAAGUGUGGAAGUUCAAAAUAUUUUCCUACCAAGAAGCGAAUUCAUUAACAAAACAUUUUUGUUUCAACUUUAGACUUAAUAACAUCUUUUUUGAGAAUUUCGUUGCUUAAAUCAAUCAAAAUAAGACUUCUUUUCCUAAACAGCAUAAUUAUGAAGGA